AUGGAAAGGGCAAGAGAAAUAGGAGAAGGAAGCUCAUCGUCGUUUAGGGAACAACGAAACCUCAGAGAGAAAGAGCGACGUAUGCGCAUGAAACACCUCUUCUCUAUACUCUCUUCUCAUGUUUCUCCCACUCGUAGGUUGCCAGUGCCUCAACUUAUAGAUCAAUCGGUAUCGUAUAUGAUCCAACUGAAAGAGAAGGUAAACUAUUUGAAGGAGAAAAAAAGGACAUUGUUAAGAGGAGAAGUCCAUAAUCGCUCUGAAGGGUCGUCGUCACAUCAGCCAAAACUCAGUAUUAGUUCACGGGAUUCGACCAUAGAAAUGAAUCUGGUUAUGGAUUCAUCAAACAUAAAAAGAGUAUUGUUACGUGAGCUUGUGAGUGUUUUUGAAGAAGAAGGAGCUCAAGUUAUGAGCGCCAAUCUUCAGAACUUGAAUAAUAUGACCUUUUAUACCAUCAUAGCCCAGGCUAUCAUAUGUCGUAUCGGGAUUGAUCCAUCAAGGAUAGAGGAGAGAGUAAGGUGUAUAAUCUCAUGAUUUUUUUUUUCUUAAGCCUUAUUGUAUCCCAAGUCA